CGCACCUCAGCCCCACUCCGGGCCUCCGUGUCUCUCCUGUGAUCGUACUGACACGGCCGGGGGGUUAGAAUGGAACAAACUGAAGUAGCACCAGAAUGGAAAGAAGGAGAUGCUGGCAGGAACCUUGGCCCAACAUUGUUUCAGCCCACAGAGGACAAGUAACAGCAGCUGGUAUCCAGAGUUUCACAGAUGCAGGCGUGCAUGCACACACACUUCCUGCCCGAUGAGAGAAAGGGAAAGUUAAGGAUGCUGGAGCAGAACAAUGGAUUUCUCUUUCUCUUUCAUGCAAGGGAUCAUGGGAAACACAAUUCAGCAACCACCUCAACUCAUUGACUCCGCCAACAUCCGUCAGGAGGAUGCCUUUGAUAACAACAGUGACAUUGUUGAAGAUGGUGGCCAGACACCAUAUGAAGCUACCUUGCAGCAAGGCUUUCAGUAUCCACCUACAACAGAGGAUCUUCCUCCACUCACAAAUGGCUAUCCCCCAUCAAUCAGCAUGUAUGAAACUCAAACCAAAUACCAGUCAUAUAAUCAGUAUCCUAAUGGGUCAGCCAAUGGCUUUGGUGCAGUUAGAAACUUUAGCCCCACUGACUAUUACCAUUCAGAAAUUCCAAACACAAGACCACAUGAAAUUCUGGAAAAACCUUCUCCUCCACAGCCACCACCUCCUCCUUCGGUACCACAAACUGUGAUUCCAAAGAAGACUGGCUCACCUGAAAUUAAACUAAAAAUAACCAAAACUAUCCAGAAUGGCAGGGAAUUGUUUGAGUCUUCCCUUUGUGGAGACCUUUUAAAUGAAGUACAGGCAAGUGAGCACACAAAAUCAAAGCAUGAAAGCAGAAAAGAAAAGAGGAAAAAAAGCAACAAGCAUGACUCAUCCAGAUCUGAAGAGCGCAAGUCACACAAAAUCCCCAAAUUAGAACCAGAGGAACAAAAUAGACCAAAUGAGAGGGUUGACACUGUGUCCGAAAAACCAAGAGAAGAGCCAGUACUAAAAGAGGACCCCCCGGUUCAGCCAGUAUUAUCUUCUGUUCCAACAACAGAAGCGUCGGCUGGUGUUAAGUUCCAGGUUGGCGAUCUUGUUUGGUCUAAGGUGGGAACCUAUCCUUGGUGGCCUUGCAUGGUUUCAAGUGAUCCCCAGCUCGAGGUUCAUACCAAAAUUAACACAAGAGGUGCCCGGGAAUAUCACGUCCAGUUUUUUAGCAACCAGCCGGAGAGGGCAUGGGUUCAUGAAAAGCGAGUACGAGAGUACAAAGGUCAUAAACAGUAUGAAGAAUUAUUGGCUGAAGCAACCAAACAAGCCAGCAAUCACUCUGAGAAACAAAAGAUUCGGAAACCCCGACCUCAGAGAGAACGUGCUCAGUGGGACAUUGGUAUUGCCCAUGCAGAGAAGGCACUAAAAAUGACUCGAGAGGAAAGAAUAGAACAGUAUACUUUUAUCUAUAUUGAUAAACAGCCUGAGGAGGCUUUGUCCCAAGCAAAGAAGAAUGUUGCCUCCAAAGCUGAAGUUAAGAAAACCCGAAGACCAAGGUCAGUGCUGAAUACUCAGCCGGAACAGACCAAUGCAGGUGAAGUGGCCCCCUCACUCUCAAGUACUGAAAUUCGGAGACAGAGCCAGAGGCGGCACACUAGCGUGGAAGAGGAAGAACCACCUCCUGUUAAAAUAGCCUGGAAAACGGCCGCCGCGAGGAAAUCUUUACCAGCUUCCAUUACAAUGCACAAAGGGAGCCUGGAUUUGCAGAAGUGUAACAUGUCUCCAGUUGUGAAGAUUGAACAAGUGUUUGCUCUUCAGAAUGCUACAGGAGAUGGGAAAUUUAUCGAUCAGUUUGUUUAUUCGACAAAGGGAAUUGGUAACAAAACGGAAAUAAGUGUCAGGGGACAGGAAAGACUUAUAAUUUCUACACCAAACCAGAGAAAUGAAAAGGCGACUCAGAAUAUAUCAUCUCCUGAAGCAACAUCUGGUCCUACAGGCUCAGUAGAGAAGAAGCAACAGAGAAGAUCGAUUAGAACUCGUUCUGAAUCAGAGAAAUCUACCGAGGUUGUGCCAAAGAAGAAGAUCAAAAAGGAGCAGGUUGAAACGGUUCCUCAGGCUACAGUGAAGACUGGAUUACAGAAAGGUGCCAGCGAGAUUUCAGAUUCCUGUAAACCUCUAAAGAAAAGGAGUCGCGCCUCAACUGAUGUAGAAAUGACUAGCUCAGCGUACAGAGACACCUCUGACUCCGAUUCCAGAGGACUGAGUGACCUGCAGGUAGGCUUUGGAAAGCAAGUAGAUAGCCCUUCCGCUACUGCAGAUGCAGAUGUUUCUGAUGUGCAGUCCGUGGAUUCAAGUUUGUCAAGAAGAGGCGUUGGAGUCAGUAGGAAGGACACUGUGUGUCAGAUCUGUGAAAGCUCUGGUGACUCUCUGAUCCCCUGUGAGGGAGAGUGCUGCAAACACUUUCACCUGGAGUGCCUGGGAUUGGCAUCACUCCCUGAUGGAAAGUUUAUCUGUGUGGAAUGUAAAACCGGACAGCACCCUUGUUUUUCAUGUAAAGUGUCUGGUACAGAUGUGAAGCGUUGUUCUGUUGGCGCUUGUGGGAAAUUUUAUCAUGAAGCCUGUGUCCGCAAAUUCCCCACUGCCAUCUUUGAAUCAAAAGGAUUCCGCUGUCCUCAGCACUGUUGCUCUGCCUGUUCCAUGGAGAAAGAUAUCUACAAAGCAAGUAAAGGUCGCAUGAUGCGAUGUUUGAGAUGUCCAGUAGCCUAUCACUCUGGAGAUGCUUGCAUUGCUGCCGGCAGCAUGUUUGUAUCCUCCUACAUGCUCAUCUGUAGUAAUCAUUCCAAACGGAGCAGCAGUUCUUCCUCUGCCAUAAAUGUAGGCUUUUGUUUCGUUUGUGCGAGAGGGCUGAUAGUUCAGGAUCAUUCAGACCCCAUGUUCAGUUCAUAUGCCUAUAAGUCCCACUACCUACUGAAUGAAUCAAAUCGUGCAGAGUUGAUGAAAUUACCUAUGAUUCCUUCUUCGUCAGCUUCCAAAAAGAAAUGUGAGAAAGUUAUUAAGACUGUUUAUUUGUUUCAAGGUGGAAGAUUGCUCUGCUGUGAAUCGUGUCCAGCUUCCUUCCACCCGGAAUGCCUGAGCAUAGACAUGCCAGAAGGCUGCUGGAACUGUAAUGACUGUAAAGCUGGCAAGAAGCUCCAUUACAAGCAGAUUGUUUGGGUCAAAUUGGGAAAUUACAGAUGGUGGCCAGCAGAGAUCUGCAAUCCCAGGUCUGUGCCACUGAACAUCCAGGGCCUUAAGCAUGACUUGGGGGACUUCCCUGUGUUCUUCUUUGGUUCUCAUGACUACUAUUGGGUACACCAGGGCAGAGUGUUCCCUUAUGUUGAAGGAGAUAAAAGCUUUGCUGAGGGACAGACUAGUAUUAACAAGACCUUCAAGAAAGCACUGGAAGAAGCUGCAAAACGUUUCCAGGAAUUGAAAGCACAAAGAGAAAGCAGAGAAGCGCUAGAGACUGAAAAAAACUCAAGAAAACCUCCUCCUUACAAACACAUCAAAGCUAACAAAGUGAUAGGAAAGGUACAGAUCCACGUUGCAGACCUGUCCGAGAUUCCCCGCUGCAACUGCAAGCCAGCCGAUGAGAACCCGUGCGGCCUGGAGUCAGAGUGCCUGAACCGCAUGCUGCAGUACGAGUGCCACCCGCAGGUGUGCCCGGCCGGUGAGCGCUGCCAGAACCAGUGCUUCACCAAGAGGCUCUACCCUGAUGCCGAGGUCAUCAAAACAGAGCGAAGGGGCUGGGGCCUCAGGACCAAGAGGAGCAUUAAGAAGGGUGAAUUUGUAAAUGAAUACGUUGGCGAAUUAAUUGAUGAAGAAGAAUGCAGAUUGCGAAUCAAGAGAGCCCACGAGAACAGUGUAACUAAUUUUUAUAUGUUAACUGUUACCAAGGACCGUAUAAUUGAUGCUGGCCCCAAAGGAAAUUAUUCUCGCUUUAUGAACCACAGUUGUAAUCCAAACUGUGAAACACAAAAGUGGACAGUGAAUGGAGAUGUUCGAGUGGGGCUUUUCGCCCUUUGUGAUAUUCCUGCAGGGAUGGAGUUAACAUUUAAUUAUAACCUGGAUUGUCUGGGCAACGGCAGAACGGAAUGCCACUGUGGGGCAGAAAACUGCAGCGGCUUCCUGGGAGUGCGGCCCAAGUCGACAUGUGCGUCAGCAGCCGAAGAAAAAGCCAAAAAUGCUAAGUUAAAGCAGAAGAGGCGAAAAAUCAAAGCAGAACCAAAGCAGAUGCAUGAAGACUACUGUUUUCAAUGUGGAGAUGGUGGAGAGCUGGUCAUGUGUGACAAAAAAGACUGUCCCAAAGCAUACCACCUCUUAUGCCUUAACCUGACUCAGCCACCAUAUGGAAAGUGGGAAUGCCCGUGGCAUCAGUGCGAGGAGUGCAGCCGUGCUGCCGUCUCCUUCUGCGAGUUCUGCCCACACUCAUUUUGUAAAGAUCAUGAAGAGGGCGCUCUGGUUCCCUCUGCUCUGGAAGGCCGGCUCUGCUGCUCCGAGCAUGACCCCGAGUCUCCUGUGUCCGCAGAAUACUGGAGCAAGAUCAAAUGCAAAUUGGAGUCACAGGAUCAUGGAGAAGAACUGAAAGAAUAAAUGGGUGGUGAUUUUCUUUUUCUUUUUAUUGAGAUGGAAAAAAAAAGGAAAAGAAACAAGUGACUCGGUGGCACGUCGGCAGGAGAAAGCUGCUGCCGUGCGCAUAGCCCCUUCCCCGGGCGCCGCCUUGUGGCCGUGCGCGCUGGGGCCGGAAACACGCGGGCAGAAGCAGGUGGCCUGGGGCUGUUUUUCUGUUUUGUGGGUUGGGGAUUCUUUCGUAGCCCGCCAAAUUCCCUUGGUCUUCUCUUGCCUUCUAUUAUGCUUCAUGCCUUUGCAGCGGGGAAAAAAAGAGAUGUCUUCACUCUGAAAACAGCGAAGAGAAAAAGAAAUUUUGUUAAUGAGAUAAAUUUUAAGUCUAGGAUGUUUUCCUUGGGUGUAAAAAGCAAAAAAGUAGCCCUCAUUCCUUUAUUUAUUUUCAUUUUUUAAAACUCUGGAGAAGUGUAGUUCAGGUAGUCUAUUCAGUGUGCGUGUGCGUGUGUGUUUGAAGUAGCAUUUGGAGCAGGCCCUCUAGAAAAGGCUCUGAUGGCCUUUAUAUACCUCUCCGCUGAGCAGUAGGCAGGCUCACUUCUCUUUCCUCCCAGAUGUCUUUUCUUGGCUCAGAGAAGGGCGCUGUGCGAGUCCUGAAUCUGGCCUCUUGAAAACAAAAUGCCUCAGUGGAUUUUACUCUCAGUGGUUUGCACCUAGGCCAGCUUUGUGAUGGGAUACCUUUACCUAGAAUGGUAGAUAAUGUGGUUUUUGGUUCUGGGGGAAGACAGAAACAGGUGCCCUCACUGAGUUUGAAAUGUUUUCCACUGUGGACAUUUUUGAUGAAGUGUGUUUAUGUGGAGGUGAAUGCAGCAUUGGAGUGGUCGUGCCUGUUGCUCCAACAUGUGGACAGAGGCAGCUGAAGGGAGAUGGAAGGCCCAGACCCAGAGUUGGGUCAUUCUGUGCAGUGUAACGGAGCUGCUAGUCUGACCUGGAGAGUAUUAUGGGCAUUUCCUUUCCUGUCUCUGCUUCCCUCCCCGAAUCAAACAUUCCCUGUCUGCUGGCCACCGGCUGGCCGUAUUUCCUCGUGAAAACAACACAAGCGUGAAAACAACACAAGCGAGUCACAGUUGUAUCUGAGUAGGUCUUUUUGGUUUAGUUCCUCAUUUGGGGGGGUAGAAGGGGUAGGGACAUCUCCCAGUUAUAUGUAAACAGUUCCUAUUUAGUAUUAUCUACUAAUUAAAAUUGCCCCACUGAGGAAGGGGAAGUGCUUCUACAGGGUGUGUAAGCCACAAACACACUCUGUCUUAGGAAGCACUUAGGGAAGCUCCCAAGAAAGCAGUGUUAGCAAAAAUGGUUGGCUGUGACGCUUGGAUCUCCUAGAUGCCAGUGUACCAAGAUGUCUAACCACAAAGUUCACUUGCAUUUAAUGCUUUGGAAUAUGUAUAUUCCAGUAGUCCUUGUAUGAACUAAUUAGUAAUGUCAGACGUUGUCACACUGUACUAAGUAGAAUUCUAGGGCUAGCUUGAAUGAACGUUAACCUUCUCUGUGAAUUUUGACUGCUUACAAUUGCUGGUACCUGGUGGCAUUUAUUUUCCCUC